UUUCCCGAGCUCUUCGAACUCUUCCGGCCGUCGCCGCUUUUGCUGCGCUGCCGGAGGCCACUGCGUCGAGAUGCGAAAUAGUCUAAUUCCGCUCAAACACUAUGAAGAUUGAUUGGGAUCUGAUCUACGCCUUUUCUCAUUCUCCCCAUUGUUUUCAGCGUUAUGAUCAGAUUUUUGCGGCUCAGGGGACCCAAAUUUUGGCCAGUCUUCUCGUUUGUCCAACGAAACACUUCUUCGGCUCACCUCCGUCGGCGUAGCUCUCUGUCGAGCGCCGCAUUAUAUGCUGUAGAAGGAGAGGAUUAUAUUGGCCGGUCACCGGUGUUCGAUUCUUAUGCUUAUGCACGAGCAUUUCAGGAAUGCAUUGCCGAAGUCGAUCAUGUUAGAGGAAGAGCUGUUCACUGUCAUUCCCUGAAACAUGGCGGCUGUUUGGAUUUGUUCUGCCUAAAUAUCUUGCUGAACAUGUAUGCAAAAUUUGAUAUUGUAGACGAUGCGUGUCUAUUGUUUGCAGAAAUGCCCGAAAGAAAUAUGGUUUCUUUCGUCACCUUAAUUCAGGCUUAUGCCAAGUGCGGCAAGCUCAUUGAAGCAGUGCAGCUUUUUCACAGGCUUCAUAGAGAAGGCCACCAACUUAACCAGUUCGUGUUCACCACAGUUUUAAAGCUAUUUGUUGUUAUGGAGCUGCCAGAGCUUGGUCGUCAUGUGCACGCCUGCAUUUGUAGGCUUGGUCAUGAGUCAAAUGCGUAUGUUGGUGCCGCUUUACUUGGUACUUAUUCGCUUUGUGGUUAUGUCGAUGAGGCAAGAAAGGUUUUUGAUGGGAUUGUCGAAAAAGACAUUGUUGCUUGGACAGGGAUGAUUUCUUGCUAUGCUGAUAAUGAUUGUGCUGAGGAUGCCUUGCAACUAUUCUCUAGGAUGACCAUUUCUGGCUUGAGACCAAACAACAUCACGCUUACUAGCCUGAUCAAGGCAUCUGUCUCCCUUUCAUCAUUAACAUUGGGAAAGAGUAUACAUGGUUGUUCAAUUAAAACUUGCUAUGAGUUGGACCGUUAUGUGGGUGGUUCACUGCUUGAUGUGUAUGCAAAAUAUGGGGACAUCAAGGAUGCUCGUGCAAUUUUUGAGGCAGUUCCCCAGAAUGAUGUGAUCCUUUGGAGUUUUAUGAUUGCAUGUUAUGCACAAAUUGAUCAAAAUGAAGAGGCAUUGGUGAUUUUCAUGCGGAUGAUGAGGGUCCCAGUAGAGCCCAAUGAAUACAGUUUUUCUAGUGUUUUACAAGCUUGUGCAAACAGUAGAGGCUUGGACAUGGGAAGGCAAGUCCAUGGCCGUGUUGUUAAGAUAGGUCUUGAUACAGAGAUUUUUGUUGCAAAUCCUCUAAUUAAUCUUUAUGCUAAGUGUGGGAAUAUGGAUGCAUCAAUGGUUAUUUUCUCAGACUUGUCCAAUAGCAAUGAUGUGAGUUGGAACACACUCAUUGUAGGUUAUAUGCAACUAGGCUUUGGUGAGGAGGCAUUGAAACUCUUUAGUCAGAUGCAUGUUGCUCAAGUACCAAAAUCUCAAGUCACCUACUCUAGUGCACUUCAAGCUUGUGUGAGCAUAGCUGCCAUCGAGCAGGCAAGGCAGGUUCAUUCAUUGAUUGCAAAGACCACACUAAGUGACGAUGCUGUUGUUAGUAAUUCUCUAAUAGAUACAUAUGCCAAAUGUGGGAGCAUCAAAGAUGCUCACAAGGUCUUUGAUGUAAUGAAGGAAUGUGAUUUGAUAUCUUGGAAUGCUUUGAUCUGUGGAUAUGCACUACAUGGCUUAGGUACCAAUGCCUUAGGCCUGUUCAAAAAGAUGAGGGACAACAAGGUUGAGCCCAAUGGUGUGACUUUCGUCGGUGUCUUAUCAGCAUGCAGUAAUGUGGGUUUAGUGGACCAAGGUCUGUCUUAUUUUAACUCUAUGGCUGAGGAUUAUGGCAUUGUGCCAAGUAUGGAACAUUAUACUUGCAUGGCCAGCCUUUUAGGGCGUUCUGGUCGUCUGAAUGAAGCGAAGGAAUUUAUUGACCGGAUGACAGUAAAACCUAGUGUUAUGGUCUGGCGUGCACUACUUGGUGGUUGUUUGAUUCACAAAAAUAUUGAGCUAGGGAACCUGUGUGCGGAAAGGAUACUUGAGAUGGAACCUCAGGAUGAGACAACAUAUGUCUUAAUGUCAAACUUGUAUGCUGCAGGAAAAAGUUGGGAUCAUGUGGCUCUUGUCAGGAAAUCCAUGAGAGCCAAAGGAGUGAAAAAGGAACCUGGUCGUAGCUGGAUUGAGUUUCAUGGUGAAAUUCACUCCUUUUGCAUGGGAGAUUACUCACAUCCUGACACUAGGGCGAUCAAUGCUAUGCUAGAAUGGUUACAUAUUAAAGUUAACAGAGCAGGUUAUGUUCCGGACGUUAAUGUGGUAUUGCAUGAUAUUGAUGAUGAUAAAAAAGAACGAAUUGUAUGGGUGCAUAGUGAGAGGUUGGCCUUGGCAUUUGCGGUUAUAAGACUUCCACCUGGAAGCCCAAUUUGUAUAAUCAAGAAUCUCCGUUUCUGCCAAGAUUGUCAUGCUGCAUUCAAAGUAAUAUCUAAAGUCAUUCAGCGGGAUAUCACUGUGAGAGAUAUUAAUCGCUUUCAUCAUUUUGAAGAUGGAACUUGUUCCUGUGGUGAUUAUUGGUGAUGCUUAUGUGCCUGGAAGAGGCUAGCAAUUGCAGACGAGAAAAGAAAAUUCCACAUGUCAGCAAAUAUAAGGGGAAAAUGUGGAAUGUGCACUUUCAUGAUAUGUUGCUUUUACAUAUCAAAAUUUCCUAUCAGAAAGGAUGCUUGUAGUUGAGAGUGCAUGUGAAUUGCAUUAGAAUAAACAAGAACUUUUCGCUUGAUUUGUUAUGGUCCAACUCUAAACAUGGAUCACCAGAGUGGCAUAUUUCUUCAGAGAUUCUUCCUCGGUGACUUAUUAACUUGCACCACUAUAGUAGGUUGCAAAUGGCCUCAUGCUGUGCCAAACAAAUGAAGAGUUAGUAAGCUGAUUUGAUAAACUGCCAUGAAGAGAACACUGGACCUUGUUCUUUCCCUCUUGCACUUCUAUUUGGUAUACAUUUCAAAGAUGUAUCUUAGUUGACAUUUAUGAAUUCCAGCAAUCUUUACUCUAUUCCUUGGAUAAAAGAAUUUGUUCUAGUUGUUGCAGCUGCAAGUAAAGUCACGUUGAAUUAAUCAAGUAUUUAUUUUGUAAUGUGUGUCUAUUAGUAACUUGUGACUUUGCUUUUUCAACUUCUAAGUAGGCCUUCACUGUUGAAGGCUGCAGAGGAAAAUUACAUGUGAAGUCAGUAUGUCACAACUGUCUAGAUGUAAAACCUUGUUUAGGUCAUGGAACCACAAAAAAACUGUCACCCGAUAUGUGUGUUUGAACCUUUUUUCUCUCAUUCUUUGACAUUUCUUUCUUCUCUCUUUAGAAGGGAGCCACCUACAGAAACACUUUCGUAUCAAAAAGUUUGUCCAGCCCUCAGUUCUGAGGAGUUGCGAUUGUCAUCAUAAAGGUGUCAAGAACUAAUGUAACCGUUAAAAUCAACUGCUUCGCAGAUGUUAUUGCCUAUGCAUAGGUAUUGCUUGUCUUGGUAAGCAGAGGCCACUGUUAAUACCGUGUUAAUUCUAUUUAUGUGUUCUUAUAUGUCAACAGAAGCAGCCUUAAUGCUUUGAACCACUCCCAAGAGGCCCAGAUGGUUCGACAUCCCAACUGAUGACCUAUAGUUGCUACAGUUGUUUCUGCUACCACAUCCAGCAACAAUUCGGCAAAAUGAGCACACCAUUAUAAGAAAGCAAGCCAUUUGGAGGAAUCAGACAUGAAGAAACAUGGAGCAUGGUCAUCUGCAAAGACAGGUUGCCUAUGUAAUCAGAAAAUCACAUGCCAUCAGAGUAGCAUUCCAUGGCCUCCCAGAGCAGCAUGACCCCUCGAAAGCUCAAGUGUUUAUGUCCUGUCUAUGAGUCUCCUUGUGGAUUUAUGCAUCACAAUUUAGUUUGCGAUCAUUUAAGAUGGUAAGAAGUACGAGGGAUGACACAUUUAAACGUUUAGCAGUUGAUGAUUUGUAAAAUUUAUGAUAUAAGUUCUUUCUUCUGUACCAUAAACAUCUUCUUAGCAGUAAAUUGACACUGCCAAGCUUCCUUCAAGAGACUCAUUGC